UUUAAAAAUAUGAGAAUAUUCCAAAAUGAUUUGAUAACAAUUUACAUCAUUUCCAUCAUUUAACACUCUGCUAUAAAGUAAAUGAUUGCAGAGAGCUUAUUUUUUAAAAUCAUUUAUCAUUAGCAAAUGAUUUCAAAAGGUGAUUACGAGAGACAGCUGAAUCUUCCAGUCACUCCAUUGUGUGACCGCACAAAAACUACUGUUGCCAAAAUACAAGCAGAUUUCUUCAAAUUUGUGGUCACGCCGUUGUUCGAAAUUUGGCAUCGAUUUUUGAAGACGUCUUUGUCGCAACAACUGCUCGAUAAUCUCUGUUACAACCACAAUGAAUGGCGAAUCGUUGUCGAUAGAGAAGAAAAAUUAAAAAUUAAACCCAUUAUCGAGCCGGAAGGAUGUAGCACUGCCGACGAAGAAGAAUUGGACGAAGUAAAUGAACAUUUGGGUCCGUCCGCGGACGAAUCUUUUUUGUCUGGGGACGAGGAUAGUAUGAAUCCUAGUUGGGGGAGGAGACAGAGUAUGCCACUUAGUGUUCCUAAAAUGUUACCGAGGACAACAAUCAGGAGACAGAGUUUUCCACGUGUUCUUCAUCCUCGAACGGUCAUGCCGGAAACCGAAGGGUUUUCGUCGUUUCCAUUGCAUCGUUCACCAAAUAUAUCGUUGCGCACUCUAUCAGCGGAACAUCUUCAGCCAAAAGCGACUAUUAUGUCGCUGUCUAGAAGUACUCGUAUGUCUCUGUUGAGGAAGAUGGAUAUCGCUGUCGAGGUGGAAAGAAGACUAGUUCAUCAACCUAUAUCUUAUCCUCCUUACAUGAUGCCCAUUAUCGGUUCUAAAGUUGAACCGCUAGAUGUAGUUUCUCCAGAGGCGACCGAAAAAGAUGCGCCAGAAGUUACACCUGCGGAGGAAGAGAUAGAAUCGGAUUCGCAAUCCAGUUGUACAAAUGGCUGUUGUAGCUCGGAUUCGUCUAGAAAUGGAUCCGCGGGCGACGUUUCUCCGAUAGCCGUUGCCGAGAGACAAUCAGAAAGAUCAUCAUUUUCCUCAAGUGCAUUAGAUCCUCGCGCUCUUUCCUGCAUUAAAGACUGCGUAGAAACAAAAAUUAGUGUCAUGCAACAUUCUGCUUCGGAAUCGACGUCGUUCGUAAACGAAAAAUAUUUAUCUCCAGUCGAUAAACCAAAGAAGCUCAUUCGCUUGAAGUCAGAAAGUGACAUGCUCAGAAACGAAGCCAACCUAUCUCCGCAGCAAUUUUCUGUCCAUAAAAAUAAAAAUAUCAGCCAGUUCGAACAGCAUAUCACUUCAUGGUGCUCACACAUCAGCAGAAGUCUAUCGGCCGACAGAUCGCAAUCCGAAAGACCCGAUUUCGAUUCUCCCGUCAUUUGGAAAGGUUCUGUCAAUAGUCUGUCUUCCGGAGGUUUAAUGAGAAGGCGUGGUUCGGCCCCCGUAGUGCUAAGGACCGGACAACUGACAAAUGUUAGUGAUAUAGUGGAGACUAGAGGCGGUCUUAGAGGUGGUACUUCUAAUAGUUGUUACGGUCGUCGAUGGUCUAUUCCGACAGAACCGGCCGACGUGUUGCUGUCGCAACAACAUUUAGAAGAUCAUCCAACCAUUCCAUCUCCCAUUGGACACAGGCCGUUACAAAAGGAACUGGUUCGUCGUCACAGUUUCGGUUUACUAGAACCGUUUUUAUCCAUCCAAUCGUCGGAGUCGGAAUGUGAUGGCUCCAGUACGGAACCGACCAGCACGGGAACCACGUGCAGCACGAGGAGGAGCAGCACCGUUCCGGGCGACUGUCCCAGGAAGAGUUUCAGCAGUCGGGGCACGGUUUAUACGGAGAGUAACGAGACGGAGGAAAGUAUCUGUUCCGAGAGUCAAGACGUUUUCUAUCCAUGUUUCCUCUCAAAUAGGACAUUGUUGGGUAAAAGACGCGGUUCCCUACCCACGGACAUUCCAAUUUCGUUAAUGUGUCGUGUCCCUUCCGUGGCCGCCACCGCUACUAACAGGACCAGACUUCCAUCCAAACCUUCGUUCGAAGAAUUGAAGGACAGAGGCGGAAGUGACGACGUUAAACUCUUGAAUCUGGAUUGGGAUCAAACCAGAAGACGCGGUUCGGCCGGUGAAUUACUGUGCGCCCUAAUAGGUUCGGCUAGAACGCUGGCCACCUUGCAGGGUAUUGUUACGACGUCGAUCGAUACCGUUCCGAAUUCUAGUACUGCUCAACCACCCACCCAUAGUCUUCCCAGAAGAGGAUCCGGUGGAUUAGAAUUGUUCAGUGGAUUUUGGCGCUCCAGGACAACAGACAUAUCUUCCGAUCCCCCACCGUCUUCUGGUCGUUUUAUUUUGCCCAGGCAAUCCUAUUCGGUCGAUUCUCAUUGUCCCGAGUCGUUUUUUAGAGGAUCCAGAAGUGAUCAGCAGCUCUGUACAAACGUAUCCUUACCUCUGGCAAACCAAGGAGGUGCCUCAGGGAUCUCUGCCAUCGAAGAGCGGCUGUUGUGCCAACCACGAAGAGGUUCUGUACCUUUAGAAGUAUCGUUUAUUUCCCUUCUAACAGGUAAACCAAACUACAGAGACACCAAGUGAAUCCCAAAACCCGAAUCCCACUAUUACCUCUAUCUAUGCAAGUCCACCAAACUGCGUAGUCCUAGGCUUUUCCAUAAAAAAAGAAAAAUUUCUUCGUUUUCUCCUGGAAAUUCCUAUAACUUUCCAGAAAAACUAUUCACCUUUAUGCAUUGCAAAAUAUCUUAAUGUUAAUUUUGUUGAUUUAUUUGUCCAGCAAUUUCCAAACAACAGAAUACCAUUCACCGACCAUCUUUUCCCAAAUGUCGUUGAUGGAUGUAUAUCUGUAUUGUUGUAAUGACGAGUAAAAAGUACUCUUAUGUUGUGCAUCUGGACAUUGUAAAAAACACUUCUGAGUAUAGUCGGUGUCGUGAUCUCGACAAGAUUGCUGGUAUGUCAAUGAGUCAGUAAACACGAUGACAAAUA